AUGUACCCGGGCCGCCGCAGGCCCCGCCGACCGCCGGCCUUCCCGCAGGAGCGCGAACGUAGAGGGCGACAGCCAGACGCGGUCCCCUGGACGCUGUCCCCCGUCGCUGUCCCCCGGACGCUAUCCUCCUUCGCUGUCCCCCCUCGCUAUCCCCCAGACGCGGUCCUGCGAAUGCUGUCCGGAACCACAGCCGGUCCCCGGGCGCCACGGCCCGCCCUCGGGCUGUCCCCGCCCUCGCCGGGCUCAGCCUCGCCCACCCCCGCCGCCCCUACGGCCACUGUGCCUCCGCCUCCGCGGGACUCAGCAGCCUCUCAGCUCCGCCCCUCGCCGCCUCCUCACUGCGGCUGCUGCGGCCUAGCUCCGCCCCUCUCCUGGCCCCGCCCCUGGACUGGAGAUACCAGGGGCGGCCCAGGCCCCGCCCUACGGCACCGCCCCCUCAAAGCCCCGCCCACAGGACCCGCCUCGCCAGCGCAACUCCGCCCUUGGGCCUCACCCCUCCUGUACAGCCCCGCCCACGGGCCCCGCCCUCAAGCCCCACCCACGCGACAGCCCCUCCUACGGGAUCCGCCCACAAAGCCCUGCCCACCAGGGCCGCCUCUCCUGUACAGCCCCGCCCAUGGGACCCGCCUCGCCAGCGCAGCUCCGCCCACGGGCCUCGCCCCUCCCGUACAGCCCCGCCCAUGGGAGCAGCCCUGCCCGCCCACACAGCCCCGCCCACAGGCACCACCCCGCCCUCAAGCCACACCCACGGGACAGCCCCUCCCACGGGGCCCGCCCACAGAGCCCCGCCUCCCCGGGCUCUUCUGGGCGGAGCCUGAGGCCUGA